UUCCUUUUUUUGGUCAUGCUAUCACAUCAACAAUCUCUAUCGGAAUGCACCAAAAAAUCAAAUUUCGGGGCACUAGUCUUAACACUCGAUUUAGGCUUGGGUAAGGAGAACCCUCUUAAUUGGGUAAAGGACAGCGAGGCAGAACACGCGCAAGAUUCCUGAUUCAAGAAUUAGAGAUCAACCAUAAAUAUGAUACACCAACUUCUGUAUUCUGUGGAAAUAGAUCAAGUGGUUCCCUCUGGGACACGGUCUUGGGUAGAACGCAACCCCAAAAGCUAGCUAUUGAAGUGAGGGUGUCCUCAAGCUUAUAUACUUCAUGUUACUGUUACUUUGGUACCCAAGUAAUGUGAGAUUUCACUUCACACCCUUCCUUACACCCAGCGUGCUCACUUGGUAGCAUCUGUCGCAUGCAGGCCAGGGACAUGCACCUUACCCAUUCUUAGCAUACCCAGCUCUGUUACCAUGUUAUAUGGUAUUGGAUAUAACUCAACCUCAAAAGCUAGCUAUUGAAGUGAGAGUGCCCUCACGUUUGUAUUCUUUAUAUUACUUUGGUACCCAAGCAAUGUGAGACUUCACUUCACUUAGCAGCACUUGUUGCAGGCAGGUCAGGGACAUGCACUCUACCCAUUCUUGGUAUACCCAGCUCUGAUACCAUGUUACACGGUCUUGGGUAGAACUCUACUCUAAAAGUUAGCUAUUGAAGUGAGGGUGCCUUCACGCUUAUAUUCUUUUUAUUAUGUUGGUAUCCAAGCGAGGUGGAACUUCACUUCACACUCUCCAUCACUCCCCAAAGUGCUCACUCGAUAGCCCCUGCCACGUGCAGGCCAGAGACAUGCACCUUACCCAUCCUUGGCAUACCCGGCUUUGAUACCAAGAACAUAGUUUUAGGUAGAACUCAACCCUAAAAACUAGCUAUUGAAGUGAGGGUGCCCUUACGCUUAUAUUUUUCAUAUUACUUUCAUACUUUGGGUACCCAAGCGAUGUGAGACUUCGCUUCACAGCCUCUUUCAUGUCUAGCGUGCUCACUCGGUAGCACUUGCCACGUGCAGACCAAGGAUACGCACCCUACCCAUUCUUGGCACCUGGCUCUGAUAUCAUGUUACACGGUUGUGUAGAACUCUUUGAUACCCAAGCAAUUUGGGACUUCACUUCACAGCCUCCCUCACGCCUAACGUGCUCACUUGACAACACUUGUUGGGCGCAAGCCAGGGACGUGCACCCUACCCAUUCUUGGCAUACCUAUCUCUGAUACCAUGUUACAUGGUCUUGGGUAGAUUUCAACCCCCAAAGCUAGCUAUUGAAGUGAGGGUGUCCUCACGCUUAUAUUCUUUGUAUUGCUUUGAUAUCUGAGUGAUGUAGGACUUUGCUUCACACCAUCAUCUUGCUUUUGGUGCCGAUGGGAAUCCUUUGUCCUUCGGAAUUUUACAUUCACUGUUUGAUUUGCUUUUUUACGUGCAAAAUGCACAAUUAUCCAAAAAGGUGGAGCAAUAUGGGAUGGGGGUGGGGGGGAGUAUCAUAUGGCGAUUUUACGUGUUAUGUACUCAAUUUUGUUUUAUUUUUAACUUUGAACAUCGUACUUUGCAUUUGCCUUGAUGUUUGUUUACAGUUACUACUUUGUAGUUGUUAUUUUGGUGUUAAUUCUUUCUUCCUAGUCUUGUAUCAUUUCUUACUCAAAUUUUGGGGAGGAGGGGAGAUAUUUUAAAAAAAAUAGAAAAUCAACUAAUGUCUAGGUCCCAAUUGGUCCAUGACUAAUCGGCUAGACGCCUCUGUCCUGCCUGACUAGCACCUAGCUAUUUUUAAGACAUUGUUAGUAUAAGUGAUGUGGUUAUUGGGGAUCAAAGUGGUUAAUUCCCUACCGGCUAGCGUACCGUUUUUUCUUCUGGGAUGGUACUUACCGAUAAUAGUGUGUAUCUCGGUACCAUUUCGAAUUUUCCCCAAUAUCUAUUUUCAAAUACUUACAAUGCAGUUAUGUAUAAUUGCAAAACUUGAAGUAAAAAAUAAAACAAAUACAAUUUUGAUACACCUUAAAGAUAGUUCUAAUAACAAAUACAAUACUUAUGGACUCCAAGUUUUGUUAAAUUAUCUUAAAAGAAAAGUGCACUAGUACUUUUGUACUUGCUGAGAUUUCGGUAACGCCAGGUAUUGGCCGGUACAUGUCGGUAUUUUGGUUGGUACGGAUAACCAAGGUUUCAGUAACGCUCGGUACAUAUUGGUAUUUUGGCUAGUACGGAUAACCAUGGUAUGUGUAUUGUUUCAUUGUUGGUAUUGGACAUACCAUCAGUACCAGGAUUGACAACACUGUUGCAAAUGGUAGCUUUAAGGGGAGGUGUAGAACAAAAUUGACUUUAAAGGCAGUAGUUGGAAAAGACCUAAGUUUCUUGGAUAUCACAGAACAUGAUGCCCUUGGCAAAAUUAAACGGAGACAACAGGUUCAUAUAACCCAAUCAAUUGGGACUGAUGGCUCAGAUUGCUUUGUUACAAAACAUCAAUGCGUAUCCUGUCAUGGGCUUUCUAGACUGAAGGUUCAUGCUUUAUCAUCAGAAUCCACAUAGCAGAUAGUAUCUCUUGCUAGCUAUUGUAGCUACUUUCUAAUCAAGCACUAUUCAAUUAUCAUGUGUGCUGGCAAGAUUAUUUGAAGACCCGCUUGUUGGCUCCUGCUGUUCUUUCCCUUAUCUAUCACACACCUAUUGGCUUUACUGAAUGCAGGACAAGUGUCAGUCCUCGUACUCACGAUUUCCUACAUAUGACACUUGAGUGCAUUAGCAUAUGGCAACUCGGACUUGUGAUAUGUAACUCAUCUUCUGAACAAGGACCCAACUUAAAAAAAGGUUUUAGUUGCAAGAGGUGUACUAACGGUGUUUGCGUCUUGCAUUCUUGUUCCAUCUUAACUUGUUCUACAAGUAACCUUUCUGAGAGAACCUCAAAUUUCGAAACCUCCUGGCCGAUCAAAUUUUUUUUUCUGAAAUCUCGUCAGGGUGAAUUCUUGUCCUAAGGAUCUUUGUGGCUGAACAACCUCAACCCGUCUGCUCCAUAAGAAGUCUUCAGUGAUUUUUUUAUUAGGAACCUUCUUCACCACAAGGAGAGAUUGGUCACUAGAAGUCAAAAUGAAGGGAGAGAGUGGGAACUUUUCUUUUGACCAACAAAGAGGAAGGUUUUAUUGAUUAGAUUAAACCUUCUAUUCUUUGACGGAUGGCAUGAAUCCCAACUUCAACACCAAAGUUGGAACCCCGGACUCGAUUCAGAUUCAAUCAACUGAGCUGCACACUGUCUGGUGAAACAUCAUGGACAUGCAAGUUGAAGAUCUGCUGCCUUUUAAAGUUGGACAAUUGGCUGAGUCAAGAUCUUUCCUGCUAGGGUACCGUAGUGCAUGGUUUCGAUGCAAGAUAAAAGAGACCAGCUGCAAAAAAGGGAUUAUGGAAUUUGCCUUGGAAUUCUAUGACUUCCCAGAUGAUAAGGUAAAAUGGACCAGAAUCUACCAAGUUCCCAAGAUUGGUAGGAAGAGGGCAACGAAGGUUGUAAAGAUGCUGAUGUUGCGUCCCCAGUAUCCUCCUAUCUGCAGUGAAAGUGAAGCUCAUGCUGAUACAAUUUCAGAAGUGAAAGUUGCCAGGAAUGGUGUGUGGAAUGUAGGAGAUUUGGUAGAUUGGUGGUCUGAUGGUUGUUAUUGGUCUGGUAAAGUGACUAAAAUAUUGGAUGAUGAAAAGGUUCAGGUUGAGUUGCCACCGCCUCCUAUCGGUGAGGGUUCUUCUUAUGAAGCUUUGUGCAAUGAUUUGCGUCCGUCUUUAGAUUGGUCUCCAGAAUAUGGUUGGAGUGUUCUUACUUCUCAGGAAGGAAAAGAAAACUACCAUCCUUGUGCUCGACUGAUUAUGCCAUUGCAUCAAGCAGGGCUUCCCAUUGGUACAGUGGAUGUUGGAAUUCAAAAUGUUGGGGCAAUAGCUGGAUCGAUGCUUGAUGCUUCCUUUCGCUCUCCGAUAUCAACAAAUGCAUUGCCACCUGUGAAUAAAUCAGAACAAUCUAUAACAAAGGAGCCCACUGUACAACCUUUGAGCAUUGCUAUUCCCCAGGAAGAAGCACAUAGGCCACAACCAAACACAGACUUGGACAUAAGGGAUAGUGCCAUUGAGAAAACAGGGGUUUCCCAAAGAAUCGGACAUGUUGAAAAAUCAGGGAUCUCAUCUGGAGACCAGUACUAUUCCAGUGGGUCUGCGAAGAAAAUGAGAACCGGUGGAACUAUUUCUUUAAAUUCCAUGAGAUCUGACACAAUAGAAGCACCUAUUAUGGAUUUAGAGGAGCUUGUUAACAAAGUUAAGUGGCUCAAGGGCAUCUUAGAAUCUGGAGUUCCUUUGCCCAAUGCUAGAAGGCCUCCUUGGAAAUUUGUGGAGCACCAUGGAUCAUCCGCGCCAGAAUGAUUCUCCUGUGUUCGGAUCAAUUUACAUGCACCUUGACGUCGGUGGUGGUUUUUCAGGCAGUGGUUUCUCGGUAUGGCAGUAGCAGUGGUACAAUGGUGCACAGCGGCGACGUGUCGGUGGUGGUUUUUCAGGCAUUGGUUUCUCGGUAUGGCAGUGGCAGUGGCAGUGGUAAAACGGUGCACAGCGGCGACAACGGGUCGUCUAGCAAUGGAGGGGCUUCUUUGCAAAUUUGGGGCAGCAACAGGGGCAAGUUCCCUGGGUUCUGGUAGCAGCGGCGAAGCAUCCUUUUUGUUGGUGGCUUUUUUGGGUGCAGGUUGCAGUUUAGAGUGUUUUUUGGGUUUGGGGUUUGGGCUUGACCCUUUUUUGUUGGCAUCUUGCCAACGUUUGGGUCUCCGGUAGCUAGUCUUAGGUUAGUUAUUUUUCCUUCGGGUGCCUUUGUCCUUUUAAUCUUUGUAUUAUUGCGGAGAUUAAUAAAACUUUCUUUUGCCGAUAAAAAAAAAAAAA